GUUUCCCCCAACAGGCGCCAUUCUUCGCGUGACACUCCCAUAACUCCAGACGCGCAUAUUGCUCUUCCGCGGGUUUGCGCGGUGGCGCUGCUCCUCGCGGCGGUAGCGGUGACGCCGCUGGGGGAAGUGGCGGAGGCAGCGGAUGGCGGAGGUCGCGUGGGGGGGCAGGUGUUUCAGCGGCCGAAGCAGCCGAAGGAUCGGAAGCAGGACAGCUCACGGACAGCUCGAUCACCAGCUUCUCGGUCGAACAAGUUCUUUUCGAUCUCAGCUUUGAUGACUGCACCCUCUUUGGUGAUGAUGUGAUGAGACUACCACAUAGAGUGUUAUUUUAGUCAAAAUUCUUGAGACUACCACAUAGAGUGUUAUUUUAGUCAAAAUUCUUAUAUA